AUGGCUGCUUGGCACACUACCCGCUCGUGCGUGGCGGCAAGCAAUCCAAAGAGCGGAGUCGGACCGCACUCAUCGGGAUUCCACAAUGGAUGGCCUUACGGCUGGAUGCCGCAUCUGAUGCGCGCUGGCGGUUAG